AUGUUCUUUAGCUAUAUAUCUACGUUCCUCCACCUGAAGCGGCCGGAAGCAGUGGCGAAGGUAACCAAGAAGCAGCCGGAAGCAGUGGCGAAGGUGGCCAACAAGCCGCUGGAAGUAGUGGCGAAGGUAGCCAACAAGCGGCUGGGAGACGUCGUCAACGUGAUGGAGAUGGAAACGGAGGAAAUGGUGGGAAUGGUCAUCGCGGUCGUGGGCGGCGCCGUCGCAAUGGCAGAGGCAGAAAUGGUGGAGGAGGAGGAAAUGGAGAUGGUGGAAAUUGAAGAGGAUCUGCCUACAAAUGAGGCUGAAAUUUGUUGAAAGAAUUGAAGAGAAAAGAUUAGUU